CGGACUUUUUAAGGGCUUUUUUUCCUAGUUAGCGAUGUGCAUUUCUAACUUUUGACGCGCAUCUGUACGUUUCAGUGGUGUGGAGAGACAGAUGAAACCUCGCGUUUGAAUGAGCAAAGCUUUUUCUGAUGCAUUUCGAGAAGUUUUCAAAGUUGGAACUAUUUUAUGCUGGUAUUGUAGCUCAUCUUUAAGUUUUUUUUUUCACCCCUUGUCCUACCUGUAUUUUUUGCGCGCGGGAUUUAAUUGGCUGUGGACAAGACGCGGAUACAUAUUUGUUUUUCAAAUAGCUUACGCAUUAGUUUAUUUUGUUGUUUUUGCAUAUAUAUUUUUUUCUUUUGUUAUUGGGCUGCUCUCAGCCUCAGAGGAUUUAUGAUGCGGUGGGUGAAGUAUUGGGGGACAGUGGCUGUGCUGUGCGGGCUGCUGUGCUGUGCUGUGAAUGGAUGCCCGCAUAAGUGCAGUUGUUCGGGCUCUCAUGUGGAUUGUCAGGGUCAAGGCUUCAGGACGGUGCCCAGGGGAAUCCCGAGGAAUGCAGAGAGACUGGAUCUGGACCGGAAUAAUAUCACCCGGAUCACCAAAGUGGACUUCUCUGGCCUCAAGAACCUGCGCGUGCUACAUCUGGAGAACAAUCAAAUAAGUGUGAUCGAAAGAGGAGCAUUUCAGGAUCUCAAACAGCUUGAGAGAAUCCGCCUGAACCGGAACCGGCUGCAGGUCCUGCCGGAGCUGCUGUUCCAAUCCACACCCAAGCUGGGCCGACUGGACCUGAGCGAGAAUCAGAUUCAGGCUGUUCCUCGUAAGGCUUUCCGAGGGAUCACCGCCGUCAAGAACCUGCAACUGGACAGCAACCACAUCAGCUGCAUCGAAGAUGGAGCCUUCCGAGCCCUGCGCGAUUUGGAGAUACUCACUCUCAACAACAACAACAUCACCCUCAUCCCACUGUCAAGCUUCAACCACAUGCCCAAACUGCGGACUCUUCGCCUGCACUCCAACAACCUGCACUGCGACUGCCACCUGUCCUGGCUCUCCGAUUGGCUGCGGCAGAGGAGAGGGCUGGCCCCUUUCACACAGUGCAUGGCCCCCGCCCAUAUGAGAGGUCUCAAUGUUCCUGAUGUUCAAAAGAGAGAAUUUGUCUGCACAGGUCCUGCUCAGAUGGAGCCAAGGUCAUGCGCUCCCCAGGCGUCCAUCUGCCCUGCCGCCUGCACCUGCAACAACAACAUCGUAGACUGCCGUAAAAAAAGCCUGACGGAGAUUCCUGCCAACCUGCCUGAGGGAAUUGUAGAAAUUCGUCUGGAGCAGAACAUGAUCAAGAGCAUCCCAGCAGGAGCGUUUUCCACGUACAAGAAACUGAAGAGAAUAGACCUGAGCAAGAAUCACAUAUCCGAGAUUGCAGAAGAUGCGUUUAGUGGCCUGCGCUCGCUCACUUCACUGGUCCUGUAUGGAAAUAAAAUCGCAGAGAUCCCAAAGGGACUGUUUGAUGGCCUGGUCUCCCUGCAGCUGCUACUGCUGAAUGCCAACAAGAUCAACUGUCUUCGAGUGAACACUUUCAAAGACCUGCAGAACCUCAACCUGCUGUCCCUCUACGACAACAAGCUUCAGACCAUCAGCAAAGGCCUGUUCACCCCUCUGCGCUCCAUCAAAACACUACAUCUCGCUCAGAAUCCCUUCAUGUGUGACUGUCAUCUGAAGUGGCUGGCCGACUACCUGUUUGACAAUCCAAUUGAGACCAGCGGAGCUCGAUGCAGCCACCCGCGCCGCCUCGCCAACAAACGCAUCAGCCAGGUUAAGGGCAAGAAGUUUCGCUGCACAGGUGCGGAGGACUACCGCAGUCGUCUCAGCGGCGAGUGUUUCCAGGACCUGGUUUGUCCCGAGCGCUGUCGGUGUGAGGGAACGGUGGUGGACUGCUCCAACCUCAAACUCACCAAAACACCCCCUCACCUGCCGGAGCACACCACCGACCUACGGCUGAACGACAAUGAAAUCUCCGUCCUAGAGGCUACAGGGGCCUUCAAGAAGCUGCCAAACCUGCGCAAGAUAAACUUAAGUAAUAAUAAACUCCGGGACAUCCGUGAGGGGGCGUUUGAUGGGGCCGGAGGUGUUUUGGAGCUGCUGUUGACCGGAAACAAGCUGCAGUCGGUCAGCGGACGGAUGUUCAAGGGUUUGAGCGGCCUCAAAACGCUGACGCUGAGGAGCAAUCAGAUCAGCUGUGUGGAUAACGCCACCUUCACCGGCCUGAGCUCCGUUCGCCUGCUUUCCCUCUACGACAACCGGAUCUCCACUAUCGCCCCGGGAGCUUUCAACACCCUGCAUUCCCUCUCCACCAUUAACCUGCUGUCUAAUCCCUACGUGUGUGACUGUCACUUAGCCUGGCUGGGACUGUGGCUUAAGAAGACCAGGGUGGUUAGUGGCAACCCACGCUGCCAGAAACCUGCCUUCCUGAAGGAGAUCCCCAUACAAGAUGUAGCCAUGCCUGAUUUCUCCUGUGACGGUGCGGAAGAGAAUGUCUGUCUGCCGUCGGCCCCUCGCUGUCCCGAUUCCUGCACAUGCUCAGACGCGGUGGUGCGCUGUAGUAACCGCGGGCUGCGUUCGCUGCCUAAGGGUAUCCCUAAAGAUACAACUGAACUAUAUUUGGAAGGAAACCUCCUCACCACUGUGCCCAAAGAGCUUGCUAAUCUGAAACAACUGACACUGCUAGACCUCAGUAAUAACAGCAUCAGUCUUCUUGCCCCUCUCACCUUCAACAACCUGACGCAGCUCGCCACCCUUAUCCUGAGCUAUAAUCAGAUUCGCUGUGUCCCGGUUCAUGCAUUUGAUGGCUUGCGUUCUCUCCGCCUGCUAACCCUCCACGGAAAUGACCUUUCAACUAUUCCGGAGGGAGCCUUCAGCCACUUGACAUCUCUGUCUCAUCUGGCUCUAGGUGCGAACCCCCUGUACUGUGAUUGUGAGCUGCGCUGGUUGUCUCAGUGGGUGAAGGCUGGGUUUAAAGAGCCUGGCAUCGCCCGCUGCGCUGGACCACCAGACAUGGCCGACCGCCUGCUGCUUACCACCCCUCUCAGUCAAUUCCAGUGCAAGGGUCCAGCAGAUUUGAAUCUGAUGUCCAAGUGCGCCCCCUGUCUGGCGACUCCCUGUCAGAAUAACGGCACAUGUGUGAGUGAUGUCACGGGCUCCUACCACUGCACCUGCCCUUUUGGCUACAAGGGUCGUAACUGUGAGAUCCCCAUUAACGCCUGCAUCAGCCUGCCAUGUGUUAAUGGAGGCACAUGCCACCUCACACCUGGACUGGACGGGCACUACAGCUGUGUGUGUCCGCCUGGGUAUGAGGGCCAGCAGUGUGAGCUGAAUCCUGAUGACUGUGAAGACAACGACUGUGAGAAUAACUCCACCUGUGUGGACGGCAUCAACAACUACACCUGCAUCUGCCCUCCGAACUACAGAGGUGAUCUGUGUGAGGAGGUGAUUGACCACUGUCUGCCCAGGUUUGACCUCUGCCAACACGACUCUAAGUGUGUUCCCCUCAGUAAGGGCUACAGGUGUGAAUGUUUGCCGGGUUAUGUUGGCCAGCACUGUGAGCAGGAUUACAACGACUGUCUGGAGAACAAAUGUCAGCAUGGAGCAGAGUGUAAUGACGCCAUCAACGGAUACACGUGUGUGUGCAAGGAGGGGUUCAGUGGGCUGUUCUGUGAGACUCCUCCACCAAUGAUAUUACUCCAGAAGACGAGUCCAUGUGAUCAGUCUUACUGUCAGAAUGGAGCGCAGUGUCUGGUCGUGGAGGGAGAGCCUGUGUGCCGGUGUCCACCUGGCUCCAAGUGUCAUAAGAUGGUCACAGUGCACUUCCUCGGCAAAGAUACCUAUCUGGAGCUCUCGGGCGCCAAGAUCCGACCACCCAUGCACAUAUCCCUCCAGGUAGCCACAGAUAAGGACAAUGGCAUUCUGUUGUAUAAAGAGGACCAUGACCCACUCGCCCUAGAGCUGUACCAGGGACACAUACGUUUGAUCUAUGAUGUUGCCAAGUACCCCCCAACCACAGUGUACAGUGUGGAGUCAGUGAAUGAUGGUCUUUUCCACACGGUGGAGGUCCUGAUCCAGAAUCAGACGCUGAGUUUGGUGGUGGAUAAAGGGGCACCGAAAAGCCUGGGCAAACUCCCCCGUCCUCCGGCUGUGGACCACAACACAGAACUCUACAUAGGCGGUGUGCCCUCUCUGAUUGACACAGCAGGCCUGCGACCGGGUCCAGACCGUCCAUUACAGUCCUUUAACGGCUGCAUUCAUGACGUACGGCUCAACGGGGAACUCCAGGACCUCGGCGGUGGGCUGGAAGGGGUGGAGGGCAUCUUGCCGGGCUGUCACUCCUGCGGCAUCUGUGCUCUCGGGGCCUGCAGACAGAGAGGAGAGGCAGGCGUGACCUGCGAGUGUCCCAGCGGCCACAGCGGCCCGCUGUGUGAAGAGACCACCUCCCAGAGCCCCUGUCAGAGCAAGCCGACGUGCCAAGGAGAGAUGGUCCGUGAGCUGCUCAAGCGUAAUAUGGGUCAUAAAAACUGCACCUCCACCAGUAAAAUGGCUCGGUGUCCAAGCGCCUGCCGCUCGGGCCUGUGCUGCGCCCCCACCAAGAGCCGGAGACGGAAGGUCAGCUUCAAGUGCUCCGACAGAUCCUCCUUUUCUGAGGAGAUGGAGACCACCGUGGAGUGCGGCUGCACAAGGUGCCCAUUGUAAUAUUAGCCAACCUUCCCCCCUCGUCCCAAACCUGGAGAAGAAGACGGAGAGGAAAAGAAAAUAUAUUGUAAAAUAAAAAAAACACAAAUAGAACUUAUUUUUAUUAAGGGAUGUUUUUUUAAAGAAAGAGACUGCUUUUAUGAUGUUGCUUAUAUGAAACGUAAUUUUGUAUCGUCGGACAAAAUCACACAGAUUAACAUUCCUGAAAAUAUACGAAUGAUAUAAAUAUGUAUAAAUCUAUAUAAAUGUACAACCUAACCUGAGAAUUAAUUCGGUCUGCGUAUUGCAUGUCUGUUGUGAAGUGUGAGAGCGGAGAGAAAUUGUAAUGGAGGAGCUGAAAUGUGCCCAAUCAGGCGAGGACUCUCUAGACUCUCUAACACAGGAAGCGGUGAGCCAACUUCCUGUGCUCUGGUGGCGGCAACAAAUGAACUGUUUCCUAACGGACCUCAGAGACCUCACCUGUGGAUUUCAAGGACGGAGCUUCGAGUGGGAUGGGCUGAUAUUUUGUACUUUAGGUGUUGCUUUGCAAAGCUCAUCGGCGUGGCUCUGGUUUACAAGCUGCAACUCAUCGGAGGGAAUUUUUUGCAUGACUGCAUGGAAGAGUUAAAUGUGAACGGUCAGGCAGUAAAGCUAUUGUAGUAACUAUGAUAGUUAAAAGCUCUCUACCUGUUUUAUCUUGUACAGUUGAAAUCCAAAUGCAAUCGUCGCAGGUGAUGCAGGUGACCGCGUCUCUGGUGCAAAGCACUUCAUACUGACGUAGCAUUCCGUCAUAACCGUCCUUUACUAAAAUAUUAAAUGCAAAUGUAUUACACCCAUUACUACUGUAUUGUUUCAUGUGUACCCUUUUUGUUAAAAUUUUUCAGAUGUAACACUUAGUGUCUUACUCAGAGAGCCCGAGGUCUAUAGAUAUUCCCAAGGAAAAGCGAAUCAGUGUUAAUGAACAUUCCUCCUCGUUCUGUCUCGCCCCUGUUCACCACAUACUGUUGUAUAAGGUUGUAUAAGGUAGGAAUCCCCAGUGAACGAUGUAACUGAGCUUGUGCAGGAAGUGUCAUGUUAGCACCUCGAAUCAGAAGACUGGUUGUUAUAUGGUGCAUUUUCUAAUAAUGUUUUGUUAAAUAUGAAUUAGAGAGUGAUGAUUAACUUACA